GCGCAGGUCCCACAGUCAGCCUGAGGCCGCGCGCGUGAAUACCUCGCGAAACAUACGCUCGUAUUAUUGUGGAUAUAAUAAUAAAAAUAUAAAAAAUAUAUUCAAGUUAAAAUAUAAAUAAAAAAUACUAAAAUUUGUCAUCGAAAUUAGUGAAUCUUUAAGUGUUAUUUCUGUUUGUUGUCAAUUGAUUUUUAAUAGGCAGCAUGGUGCCCCGCCCUGUCUCCCCCGGGCCCGCUGAGCCGCUGCUGCCGCGCUUCUAUGCCGGCAGAUCCGUGCUCAUCACAGGAGCCACUGGAUUCAUGGGGAAGGUGCUGGUGGAGCGCAUCCUGUCAACAUGUCCAGAUGUAGGACGCCUGCAUCUACUGAUGAGGGACAAGCGAGGACACUCCCCCCUCAAGAGACUGGCGCAGCUCAAACAGUCACUGGUGUUUGACAACGUGCGAGCUCGCAACCCUCACCAGCUGGACAAGCUGUUCGUGCUGGCGGGGGACGUCUCCAAGCCGCAGCUGGGGCUCGACGCUGACGCCAUCUCGCAGCUUCGAGAGGUAUCCGUGGUGUUCCACUCGGCCGCUACCCUGAAGUUUGAUGAACCGCUUCCGGUCGCCAUCGAGCAAAACGUGCGCUCUGUGGAGAGACUACUGGACCUCUGUGAUAAACUGCCGAAGAUGCAGGCAUUCGUCCACGUAUCUACAGCAUACAGCAACGCGGACCUCACUCACGUUGAGGAGCGAGUGUACGCGCCACCGGUGCCGCUGCAUCAGGCCUACACCGUCGCUGAGUCACUGCCAGAGGAACUACUCGCCAAGAUCACGCCACAGUACAUAUCUCCAAAACCGAAUACCUACACGUUCACGAAGUGCCUCGCGGAGACCGUGGUGCAGGAGCACGGCAACACCGGCUACCCGGUCGCUGUGUUCAGACCCACCGUCGUGGUGUCAGCCCUGCGCCACCCGUUCCCCGGCUGGAUCGAGAACUUGAACGGUCCGUCGGGCGUGGUGGUGGGCGCCGGCAAGGGUCUGCUGCACGUCUUCUGUUGUAAAGAUGAUGCCAGGGCUGACCUGCUGCCUGUCGACAUCGCUAUAGAUACACUGCUAGCUGUCGCUUGGGAAAUCGCUACUGAUCGGCCGUCGGACGUCCGUGUGUACAACUGCAGCACCUGUGAGAACCCAGUGCGCUGGCGCGAGUUCGAGACGGACCUGCGCCAGCACCUGCGCCGGCACCCGCUUGACAACACCUUCUGGUACCCCAGCGGAUUCAGUGUUGAGAGCAAAUAUGCCCAAAAAGCAGUAGAAAUGGUUCUCCAAACAACGCCCCUGCAUAUCGCCGAGUAUGUCUCAAAAAUACUAAGAAUAAAACCUAAAAUGAGUUUCAUUAAAAUCAACCAACGUCUGUCAGCUAUGAACGACGUGUUAAGGUUCUUCUCGGUCCGCGAGUGGCACUUUGACACGGGCAAUGUGCGCAAGCUGCAAGCCAGGCUGACACCGGAAGAUGCUGCUAUAUACAACUUGGAUCCUCAUACCAUCAAUUGGACUGAACACAACCGAGACUUUGUGAAAGGCACGAGGAAGUACCUCCUGCAGGAGAAAGACCAGGACAUAGAUGAGGCAAAGAAACAUCAGCGCAUGAUGUACUUCAUUCACAACGGAGUGUUGCUCUUCACACUGACGCUGGUCUGCCGGCUCGCGCUCCGCAGCCAACACAUCCGGACGCUCGUCUUCAGGACCUUCCGCCUGCUACUGGCCGCGCUCAGCUCCGUCUACACGCGUCUAACACCGUUAAGAUAAUUACAAACUAAACUUCAUACAGUUUUAACAGGUAAAAUCGAAUGUAAAACAGUGUAAAUGAUAAUUUAAAUGUAUUUUAAUGAUAAGUUAGUGUACCAUUAAAGAAAGUUUGUCUGGAAAACUAUAAAUGAAAAUCAAGUUUAAGAUGAUUGUAUUCAAAAACUUAAGUAAAUAAAAGACGUUUGGGAAGUGCAAUAUCGAAAUUAGCGAAAGCGAAAGCCAGUCUAGAAGAAGUGAAGCUGAAAAUUUGAAGUUUUAUAAGUACCUAGAUAUAUAUAACUAGAAUUAAUUAUUGGUGACUUAUAAAUUCACUAUAGAGUCCUUUGGCUUACAGUACAAACACCGGUCAAAAAAUGCAAUUUCCACAUUAAAUAUUAAGUGCAAGGUUUUUGGUCUCACAAAAUUCAGUUUGUUUUUCAAGGUAAUAAAACUGACAAGCGUUGUCGUUAGCUAAGGAAAGAUAAUAUAUGUAACCUUAUUUAUGUUAAAAACAUGAAGAGAGGAUUUGUGUACAUAUUAUGGUGUAGAUAUGUGUAUAUGUAUAAAUAAUUAAGUUAGUCGUUAAGUUGGAAAUACAUAUAUCUAUUGUUACGCAGAAUAGACUUACAGAGUACCUAAAAUGACUACUUAAAAGCGACUUUUGCCGUUGCGAAAGAGAUGGCAUUAUACGCUUUGUAGCGUGCCAUCUCCCUUCUACAAUCAAAAAUAUUUUUGAAUUGUUGGUGGUUGUCCGGACACUACUUGUUACUUUGUACUGGUGUUGUUUAUAUUAAUAAUAUCGACAAAUGUCUUAAUAGUUAAGUAAACCUAUUUAUUCAUACAUAUGUUAAUAAGUAAGUAAACAAUAUUGUCACAAUUAUCAAGUACUUGCAAAUAAUUAACAGGAGUGCUUCUUAAAUAUUUGAGUUAGUAAAUGUAUGGUGGUGUGCAAUGUGGACUUUAAUAAUUGUUAUUUAUCUUAUCUCUAGGUAUUUUAAUCAUAGUACCUAUUUAAGUUAAUAAAUUUGCUCUAUUAUAUUUACCACAUUGGCAGACUUAUAUGUAAUUCCAUGCUAAGGGUCGGCAGCGUUAAAUCCAAAUAAAAAUUACUAAAUACCAUCCCUUUGAAAAGAUUCAAAGUUCAUGUUGCUAUAAUUAAAUAAAGUUUGCUUAUAAUGUUUGCAAAAUAUAUUGUUUCAAAGUCAACGGAACUUGUAGUAAAUGUAUGUGUACUUUAAUGAUACACAUAUUAUAUUAUACUUGUUCUUAAAGCUUUUAUUUAGCGGUAAUGGUUAUUCAUAAGUAAAUUAUGUUAGCGCUACCGUAGUCGCGUUGACCGUUAAGGGUGUAAAUUGCUUUAAAUAAGUUUUGUGAUGAUUCUAUACAAUAUUUAUAUCGUGAUUAUUACUGUUUUAAGUACUUUAU